CUUUUUAAGUGGGAGAACUUGCACAAUUGGUGGCUGACUAAAUACUUUUUUGCCCCACUGUAUAUAACUUUUAAACAGUAGCUAAACCAUUUCCGCUAUUUGGUGAAUGCCAGCAAUAUUUCACAUCCUGAUAUAUUAUUAGUAGUUAAUAAUAAUUUGAUAUUUUGUUGUGAAGAGAUUAUUUAAAGAAAUAAUUGUAACUGUUAUUUAAACUGUUCACACAAGUUGACACUGAUUUAUUUGAUUUUCCUAUCUUUACAGAACAACGUUUAGUGAAUUUGCAGUAAAGCACGGCCGGGACCCGCGGUUUAAGACCAUAGAGAAGAUGAAGGACAGGGAGGCCAUCUUCGUCGAGUUCAUCACUGCUCUGAGGAAGAGAGAGAAAGAGGACUCCAAGUCCAGAGGAGAGAAGGUGAAGCUGGACUUCUUCGAUCUCCUAAGUGAGCAGCACAUAGAGGGAGGCCAGCGGUGGAGCAAAUUAAAAGAGAGGCUCGAAACUGACCCACGAUACAAGGGUGUGGAGAGCUCUGCACUCAGAGAAGAACUGUUCAAACAGUACAUGGACAAACAAGCCAAGUGCGUGGACGUGGAUAAGGAGCGAGAGUUGGAGCGGCAGGCUCGUAUCGAGGUCAGCCUCAGAGAGAGGGAGCGGGAGGUGCAGAAAGCUCGCUCAGAGCAGACCAAAGAGAUCGACCGGGAGAGGGAGCAGCACAAGAGGGAGGAGGCCAUCCAGCAUUUCAAAGCGCUCAUGUCUGAUAUGGUACGGUCUUCAGAUGCAGCAUGGUCAGACACACGUCGGAAUCUACGGAAAGACCAUCGCUGGGAGUCGGCGUCACUGCUGGAGCGAGAGGAGAAGGAGAAGCUGUUUAACGAACACGUAGAAGCACUGGCCAAGAAAAAGAAAGAACAUUUCCGGCAGCUACUCGAUGAGACCAGCAUGGUGAGGAGUAAAAAGAUCACACUGACAACCACAUGGAAGGAGGUGAAGAAGAUUAUCAAGGAGGACCCUCGCUGUAUUAAAUUCUCCUCCAGUGACAGAAAGAGACAGCGGGAGUUUGAAGACUACAUCAAAGACAAGUACAUCACAGCCAAAGCUGACUUCAGAACUCUGCUGAAGGAGACAAAGUUCAUCACAUACAGGUCGAGAAAGCUGAUCCAGGAGUCAGAGCAGCACCUGAAGGAUGUGGAGAAGGUUCUUCAGAACGAUAAGCGGUACCUCGUUCUGGAGUGUGUACCCGAGGAGCGCAGGAAACUCGUCAUGUUCUACAUCGAAGACCUGGACCGCCGUGGCCCGCCUCCUCCCCCUACUGCCUCUGAGCCCACCCGACGCUCCACCAAGUGACCAAUCACAUCAUCUUCUUGGCCGGGUCCUAUUCCUCCUCGCCUUCCCUUUGGCCAGAGCAUGAUCUCCCCUGAACUCCCCCCUGAUCUCCCCGCCCUUCAGGCCCACGGCUGGCCUCACAGUGUUAUGGCUGGGGCUCAUGUCGCUUGGAGAUGUACCAUAGAGAUGAACGGUUAAGGUCUCUGUGUAAUGUCACCUCUUAGCCCUGAAAUUGCCCUGCAGCUAAGGCAGGAAACUGAGGUCACCUGAUCUGAUGGUGACCCUUGAGCCCUCGUCUCUGGCUGACCACAUUAGAGGGAGAGGAAUACUGAUAAGGCUGCUGCACAAGCAGCCACAGAGAGGUGUAAGAUAACGGAUGUAAAGGAAAAUUAGUGAGAAUGAGUGAGUGUGCGCGUCUGUGUGGUGUGUGCAUGAGUGCGUGUGUGUGCAUGUGACUGAGGCGUCCUUAAGCCUUACUGCUCCACUUUGCCAGUCAUUGUUUCAGCAGCUCAGUGUGAAUGUUAGUUUCUGCUCAGUGGUUUACUCCGAUGUUGCAGCAAUUUCUCUGUUGAAUGAAAUAAAGGCAACUUCCACUGUUUUUUUCAA